UAAAUUUCACUAAUAGUAAAGCUUUAAAAUAAAUUAAACACUCAAAAAAAUAUAAAAUCAGUAAGAUACAUAUAUACAUACAUACAAUCUUAAAUAAAUCAAACAUUUAAAAUGGGCCCUAAGAACAAAAAUAAAAAUCAAAAGAACAAAGCAGCUGCUCAAUAAGAGUAAAAGGAAGAAACUACUGAAAGCGUAGAAAUCGUUAACUAAGAAUAAACUGAUGCUUAAAAUGAAGUUAAGGAUGAACAAGCUUAAUAAGUUCAAGAAACUGAAGUCAAGUAGGAAGAACAAAAGCCCGAAGUAGUUGCUCACCAUGAAGAAUAACAACCUAAGGAAGAGAAGGUUGAAGAAUAGAAGCCUGUUGAAGUCCACAAUGAAUAACCUUAAAACGUUGUUGAAGAAAAAUUAUAAUAACACCAUCAAGAAUAGGAAUAAGUUGCUGAAAAGUAACAUUAAGAAGAACACGUGAUUGUUUAAAGUGAAGAACCUAAGCAUUAAGAACCUGUUGCUGAAGUUAAGCACGAAUAACCUGUUUAAGAAGAAAAGCACGAAGUACAUGUUGAAGAAGUAAAGCCUUAAGAACAUGUUUAGGAAGUUAAGGUUGAAGAAAGCAUCAAAGAAGAAAAGGUUGAAUAACAUUCCCAUGUUGCAGUAGAACAAAAGUAAGAAGAGAAUGUUCAUAUUGUUGUUGAAAAGAAAGAAGAAGUUCAAGAAACUACUCAAGAAUAACAUCAAGAAGUUUUCCAAAGUGUCGAAAUUGUUAAGAGCGAAUAAGAAAAGAAGCAAGAAGAGCAUCAAAGCGAAAGAAAGCUCAGUGAAAAAGUUCAAUAAGAAAGCUAACCAUAAAGCGUUGAACAAGUAGCUGAAGUUGCUAAGGAAUAAAAAGAAGAAUAAGCUCCUAGAAAAGAAAGUGUUCCUUAAGCUCAAGCUGAAUCUGAAGUCGUAGAAUAAUAAUAAGAACCCGCUCCUAUUGAAUAAAAAUAAGAAGAACCCGCUAGAAAGGAAAGUGAAAAAUUAGAAUUAGGUGCUUAAGAACCAUAAUAAGAAGUUCCAGUCAGCAAACCCGAAGAAGUAUAAGAAGAAGAAGAAGAAGAAAAUGCUUCAUUGAUCCCUAAGAAGCCCGAAUAAAAUCCCAAAAAGAACUUUUUCUAAGAUGUAAAUAUCAUUUACUCUUUAAAAAAAAUUUAACAAGCUUUUUAAUAAAAGAAGUUAGAAAACCUCAACAACAUCGCAUUUGUUGGUAUUGGUGCCGCUGCUUUGUUAGGUUUCCUUGGCUUCAAAUUAUUAGCUAGAAAGUGA